ACACACCUACAUAUACAAUACAAGACGGGGCAACAGCACGAAUUUACUGCGCUGAACAAAACUCACUUGUCGCACUUUUCCACGAAUGCCAGCGCGGUGAAACUGAAACGAAAGCCACCCCACCCGCCGCAGCAACGCAGGAUCAGUCAGGAUCCAGCCCGAGCCCUAGGAGCAUCCCAGGAGGAGCAGCAGCGCAACAGCAGCCCACUUUCGCAACCCGCAGAUUCACCCUAGGCAGCCCCCCCCAUUAAAAAUGGUCAAGCUGUUCGCGUUGAGCAUCUUCCACAAGGGCGCCAGCGAGGCGCGUCUCCUAAAGACCGCCGCCGACCUGCAGUCCUUCUCCUUUUUCCAACGUGGCACCGUCAAUGAGUUCAUGACCUUCGCAUCCAAGACCAUCGUGGAGCGCACACAGCCGGCCCUGCGGCAGUCGGUCAAACAGGACGCCUACAUGUGUCAUGUCUAUGUGCGGGCAGACAAUCUGGCCGGUGUCCUCAUUGCCGAUCAUGAGUAUCCGCAUCGCGUGGCCCACACACUGAUCACAAAGAUCCUCGACGACUUCACGGCCAAGGUGUCGGCGGAUCAGUGGCCCAAUGGCACGGAGGCCACCAUCUCGUUCGAUUUGCUGCCAGCGUUCCUGGCACGCUAUCAGAAUCCCGUCGAAGCCGAUCCGCUGACGAAAAUGCAAAACGAUCUGGACGAGACGAAGAUCAUCCUGAAGAAUACCAUCGAGGCGGUGCUGGAGCGGGGCGAGAAGCUGGACGACAUGGUCAGCAAGUCGGAGAAGUUGUCGCUGCAGAGCAAGGCCUUCUACAAGACGGCGAAAAAGACAAACUCCUGCUGCAGCUUCACCUAGGCGCCGCCAACCACAUCUCAUUCCCCCACCACACCACCACGCUCCAAUCCUCUCAAGGAACCACAGAAAACACCAGAUGAUGAAAAUCAAAGACAAACAAAGAAACACAAAGGAUAACACGAUAACACCAACAAACAAACUACAAACCAAACAAACUGCUUGGGAGCGGCGCGGCUUGGAGUUUGAUGAUGAUUGCUUUUUAUAAAUGAAUUAGUUAAUUUUAUAUACUAUAUAUACUAUACUGUAUGAAUAGGAAGGCCAGUUGCCAGUUAUGUAAGCCCGCUAACCCAAUGUUUACUCGUCUGCGGAUCUUCGGGUCCUGUCUGUAUAUGUCUACGCUUUGGAUAUCUGGAUGUUAUUAUUACCAAUACAAAUUACGAUCUUAACCCA